UUGGCUUUGGACCUUAUCAGACCGCUGUCGUGGAAUAGGCCAAUUUCGAUAUAUCAAAAUUGGAUGCGAUUUGCUUUGUUUUAUUUCCCCAAGCCUUGGAGACAAGUUAGAAUUUUGAUACUAGUAAAUCGAAAAUGCCGGCCUAUUUUUGACAUCGGUCAUAUCAACGGCGUCUCUUCAUCUCUCCUGGGUAAUUUAAGUAUUUUCAGUGUUUUUUUUUUUACCUCUGGAAUGCAAGCUAUCCCACAUAACACUAGUUAUACGUAGAUUCGAAUUAUUAGCAAAACCACUAUUUCCUGAUUUAUUAAUUAUACUGGCUGCGGCCCUUGAAGUUUGGUCCCUCACACAAAUAUUUCUUUUCUUUUUCUUUUCUCUCUCCCUUUUAGCACCCACAAAAAAUUUGAAAGCAUGCAUGAAAUAUGGGGCCCAUGAAAUAUAUACAGCUGUACAAAUAAUAUACUUUUGUAAUAUUUAAACCAUCACAGUUUUGUUAGAAAGCUGGUAAAACCCAGGCAUUCUCCGACGAAAGUUCUGAGCUCGGAAACAGAAUAGGUCAGAAUAACUAAACUUCGUAAUUAAAUUAUGCUAAUUUAAGAUAAUUCACAGAUGUGUCGCACAUGCGCUUUUAGCAUGACAACAAAUAGUCGAGGUCAGGUCUUCAAUUGGAAAGAAUAUAUUUGAUGUUGAACAAAUGUUUUGAUCACUUCUUUCUGGGGCUAACGACCAAAACAAGUGUUUUUUGUCUUUUAAUAGCCGUGCAGUGAAGCAAGUGCCGGGGAACUACGAUAUGCUCUGUCUGUGAGGAAUUCAAGCCCAUUCGUCACAAAUUUCUGCAUGUGCGGCCAUGGACGAACUCCACUUAAAUGAACUUUUGGAGUGUUCUGUGUGUCUGGAACAACUUGAUCAAAGUUGCAAGGUAUUGCCGUGCCAACAUACAUUCUGUAGAAGGUGUUUGAAAGAAAUCGUAGAGAGGAGAAAGGAGUUAAGAUGCCCUGAAUGUCGAGUUCUUGUGGAAGAAGAUGUGGACGAUUUACCGGCGAACAUUCUGCUAGUCCGAAUUCUCGAAGAGUUGAACCGACAGAAGAGAACGAUAAAACCUUCGGACAGUCUGGAUGCGGAAUCAAACGAAAAACGUUGUGAUCAGGUUCUUCCAUGUGCUAGGGCUUUGUAUGACUAUGAACCAAAAGAAGCUGGUGAUUUAACAUUGCAUAAAGGUGAAGUUAUAACAUUAUUAAAACAAGUGGAUGAGAACUGGUACGAAGGCCUCUGUAAUGACCGCCAAGGAUUCCUUCCAGCAAACUAUGUCGAGGUGAUCAAUCCUCUACCAAGGCUAGAUGAUUCAUGUGACAGACCUAUAGCUAAAGCUUUAUUUGACUUUGAAGAUGAACAGGAGCAAGACUUGCUUUCCUUUAAGCAGGGCGACAUAAUAAGUGUCAUGCGUCGCGUCGAUGAAAACUGGUGUGAGGGAAAGCUAAAUGGCAAGCUGGGGAUUUUCCCAAUAACAUUUGUCGAGCUCAACGUAGCAGCCAGGAACCUGACGGAGGGAAUUGAAAAUGGAUCAGAUCAACCUUCAGGUGUGGCAAAACCAGCAAGAAAAUCUCUGACAGGAGAAACAAGUAAAGGUGAACCCAAGAGACAUACCAUGCAUUUUGUUGGGCAGCGGGAUGGAGAAAGCCAACCAGUUGGUCUUCAGAGACGCUCACUUGAUAUUUCAUCUUCUGAAAGGCUUGCGGACGACAACACCAGACAGGCGACACCUCCCCCAAGUUCAACAUCCAGUAGUACGGACACAGCACAAUCAUUAAACUCAAGGCGAAGUUCAUCACCGUCUUCAGGCAGCCCAGCUCGUUCAGCUACGGGGAAGCAAGGGUCACCUUCAGAAUCCAGCACUGGCGGCGGGUCACGACCAGUGUCUGCGGAACUGGGAAAAGAAUUGUAUGUGGCUCUGUAUACUUACAAGCCAGCAAAAGACGAUGAGUUAGAACUUGUCCGAAAUGAAAACUACUGUGUGACAGAAAAGUGCAAAGAUGGCUGGUUCAAAGGUUACUCUGUGUCUACUCAAAAGAGAGGAGUCUUCCCUGGAAAUUAUGUUCGUCUAGCCAGUUUACACAAUUUGCUAACACGAUCGAGGAGUAGCAGUACAGACCAGGACAGCAGCAUAACUGCUGCAUCUCAGAGUAACGCUCAACCCAAGCCCCCGCCUCACCAGAGGCCACCGCCACCGAGACAUGCAAUGUCUGAGGGAGGGUCCCACGGGAGAUUUUACCGGUCAGAUUCUGCCCCACCCCAAAGGUCACCGCCAGUUAUGCCAAUGGAGAGCUUAGUGGUUAAUUUAAAUCAAGGAAGGAAUCUUGCAGCAAACAGACACGUCGCCGAGGGACCCUCUGAGAGGAGCAGAUUUGUACCCACGUCACCCCUUCCCCCUCCUCCAGCGCCCAAAUCGAGUAGUUUCUGGAAAAAGCUUACAGGCAAGAAGAAAGACAAGACAAGACCAAGUCCGCCCCCUCCGCCACCCCCUCCGUAUCAAAGGAGUAUUCCUGCCGGACAUAGCGCACUAUCUCCUCCUCCUUAUGAUUUUGGAGGGCUGCUGACGUUGUAUACACAGGUUCCAAGAGAAGAAGCUCCCGGACCCCAGUCGAGGAUCCAUCACAGAGUUGAAAACCCCCCUGUUCGAGAGAGGUAUCGUGUUAUCUCAGCUUAUCCACCCCAACAUGAGGCCGAGUUGGAACUUCGUGUUGGCGAUGUUGUGUAUGUAACGAAAAAACGACAAGAUGGCUGGUACAAAGGGACAAUGGAACGAAACGGGAAAACGGGGUUAUUUCCUGGGAGCUUUGUGGACAACUUUUGAUGUCAAACCGGAAAAAAGUAGCACAUACAUAGGUUGCAAUCAGACAAUGCCUUUACCUGGGUGUAGGAAAAACUUGGAAUAGUUGAAGCAACUGACAACAGAUAUGAAUUAACGGCUUUGGCCAUCGGGAAAGAUCGCUCAUUGACUAUCAUAAAGACAGAGAGAGCCUGAGUGAAUACUUUACAUGGCCUGCAAGAGCCAGUGAACAGAUGCUCUGAUGGGGCGAAUAACGAAAAGGACGAUGGGCGAGUUUUCACAGAUAUCGGACAAAUUUGCCCCAUAACUCCCUAGGAGCGGCAAUCCGUGCUCUCUCUGUUUUUAUUUUUUUUAUAUUUUGGUCUGAUUCGGGCGAGUAAAGAACCCCAUCAGUGGCUGUUGUCGUUUACAAAGCUAAGUUUAGUGUAGUAGGUUGCAAUGGUAGUAAACGAAUAUUUGAAUUUUUACAUACUCAUAGAUAGGAGUUUAUAACAAUUUUAUGCCGGGAAACAAAAACCGUUCAAUUCGCAUACCUCGUCGAGAAAUAAUGUUCAUUAGACUGACAAGGAUAGAAAUCGAACGCAAACACUGUACAAAGAAUAAUGAUAUUGAUCUGCUGCUUUUCGAAUGACGCUUUGCUGUAAAUGUUACCAAUCACAAUUCUACGCCUUUUGUACUUUUUGCUAGCGAUUCAUAUUCCUACAUAUGUACAAUAUUUCCCAGUGAAACUUAACUAAGACUAAAUUGUCUUACACAAGAUGUUGGGUGGCGCUUCAAAUGACUAAGAAUUCUUAGUUAGUUUUAAUAAAUUCAAAUAAAAGUUACAUGACUGUAAAUCAAAAUAAAAAUUUUAUAUUAAGUUCGUGUACAUUACACUUGUGCGUUUUAAGGGUGUACAUUUUAAGACUGAAUAAUUGGUGGAACUUGAAAUAAAAAAGGUGUCAAUUGUAAACAUGAA